AUGACUCAAAACAAUAUCCUUUCUAGGAAAGCGAAAUGAAGUAGAUGAAGGGUAAUAUUGACUUUUUAAACUGAGCUUAGUGCUUUAAAAAUCUCUCCUCACGGUCCUCAUUUCCCUGCGUUGCACUUCUCCCCCUCUUUCUCUUCUUCGAUUCUUCUUUCCAGCCCCGCCAUUUUCACCGACGAACCAGCGAGUCGUUAUGGAUCCAGUCUCGGAAUGGGGAAAUACGUCGCUCUCCGAAAUGGACCCGGAGAUCCACGAUCUCAUCGAGAAGGAGAAGCGCCGCCAGUGCCGGGGUAUCGAGCUGAUCGCCUCCGAGAACUUCACCUCCUUCGCCGUCAUAGAGGCCCUCGGCAGCGCCCUCACUAACAAAUACUCUGAGGGCAUGCCCGGGAACCGCUACUACGGUGGAAACGAGUACAUCGACCAAAUCGAGAACCUGACCCGCAGCCGCGCUCUCCAGGUGUACCGCCUCGACCCCGCCAAGUGGGGCGUCAACGUGCAGCCUUACUCCGGCAGUCCUGCCAACUUUGCCGCUUACACGGCUGUCCUCAAUCCCCAUGAUCGGAUCAUGGGGUUGGAUUUGCCAUCUGGUGGCCAUUUGACCCAUGGCUAUUACACCGCUGGGGGGAAGAAGAUCUCGGCCACCUCGAUUUACUUCGAGAGCUUGCCGUACAAGGUUAGUUCAAGCACAGGUUAUAUCGAUUACGAUAAAUUGGAGGAGAAGGCUUUGGAUUUCAGGCCGAAGUUGAUCAUUUGCGGUGGCAGUGCCUACCCAAGAGAUUGGGACUACAAGAGAUUCAGAGAGGUAGCUGACAAAUGUGGCGCUCUUUUGCUCUGCGAUAUGGCUCACAUUAGUGGCCUUGUUGCUGCUCAGGAAGCUGCUGAUCCUUUUGAGUACUGUGACCUGGUCACUACCACAACCCAUAAAAGCUUGAGAGGUCCAAGGGCAGGCAUGAUCUUUUAUCGGAAGGGACCCAAGCCACCAAAGAAGGGACAACCAGAGGAUGCAGUGUAUGACUUUGAAGACAAGAUAAACUUUGCUGUUUUCCCUUCAUUGCAAGGCGGUCCCCACAACCACCAAAUCGGUGCUUUGGCUGUUGCCCUCAAACAGGCAAUGACCCCUGGCUUUAAGGCUUAUGCUAAACAAGUCAGAGCUAAUGCGGUCGCGAUUGGGAACUAUUUGAUGAGCAAAGGAUACAAGCUAGUCACUGCUGGAACUGAGAACCACCUUGUUCUAUGGGACCUUCGCCCUCUCGGUUUGACCGGUAACAAGGUUGAAAAACUGUGUGACUUGUGCAACAUUACUGUUAACAAGAAUGCUGUUUUUGGAGACAGUAGUGCUCUUGCCCCCGGAGGAGUUCGUGUUGGUACCCCUGCCAUGACAUCGAGGGGCUUGGUUGAGAAGGACUUUGAGGAGAUUGGUGAAUUCCUACACAGGGCCGUGACCAUCACACUGAAUGUCCAAAAAGAGCAUGGGAAACUCUUGAAGGACUUCAACAAGGGCCUGGUUAACAACAAUGAAAUUGAACAGCUCAAGGCUGAUGUCGAGAAGUUUUCAUCCUCGUUUGACAUGCCUGGCUUCAAAAUGUCUGAUAUGAAGUACAAGGACUAAGUGAAACCUUCCUUUUUCGCUCACCACAAUUUGCUAUGCACUCUUCAUUAAAAAUUCCCAUUUGUUUUGGCUUAUAGUUCAAUGCGUGAAAAAAUAAUGGUCCGUUUUUGUAUCUUUUUCAAUUGGUGAUUUAGAUCAGUUUUUUAUAUAUCUGCGCUGAGAUGUAGCUGCUCAAAAGUUUACAAAACUUAAGGUGAGUUCCAUCUCAUGGUUUUGUAAAUUUCACUCAUAUCAUUGUGUUUUUCUAAGCUCUUUCACAAUAUCAAGUGUGUUCUAAGCAAUGUCGGUA